UGGGCAUAAGCAGGACAACUAAACACUCUUAAAUCAGUGUAACUUGUAGGAGAUCCAGACCAAACAUUUUCAGGAGUCUUAUACUUGAUAGUUGUUGAUAGAGACCUAUUUACAAGAUAACAAGUUGUAUUAAUAGCUUCAGCUCAGAACUUCUUGGAUAGUCCAACAUUUAAGGGCAUGCUUCGUGCCCUCCCCAAGAGAGCUCUAUUCAUUUAUUCUGCAACCCCGUUUUGUUAUGGUGUUUUUUUCAUCGUGCAGUGUCUCACGAUCCCUUUUUCUUGGAUAAUUCUUUGAAAACAUCUCUACAAAAUUUCAUGUCAUUGUCAGUUCUUAAAGGCUUGAUCUGUUCUACUGUCUGCUUCUCGAUCAUAGCAUUCCAUUGUUUGAAUUAUUCAGAGACAUCAUUCUUGUACUUCACUAUAAAUACCCACACUUUUCGAGAAUGAUCAUUGGUGAAGGUUUACAUAUACCUUCCACCACCAAGAGAGAGAACUCAAGAGGGCCCUAAAGGUCAGAAUGAAUAUAAUUCAAAGUGUCCUUGGUUCGAUGAAUAGCCAUACUAAGCUUCACCUUGCAUUGCCUCUCAAAUACACAAUGCUCACAAAAAUCCAGCUUUCCAGUCUUUUGGCCAUAUAGCAAACCUCAUUUGCUUAGAACAUCUAGCCCUUUCACUCCUAUGUUCUAAGUGUGUAUGCCAUAAUUUGAUAGUGUCUAAGCUUGAACCUGAAGAUAAAGUUACAACAACAAUACUCAUUAGUGUGUUGCGUGUAUCUGGUACAAACUAUUCUACUUUUGCCUUUUCCUCACGACAAUAGCAGUGUACCCAAGAAAAUAAUAUUUUUCUGUAGAUCUAGAAGAGUCCUUACAAUGCCAUCAUACAUUUUUAUUCGUAUUAUUUCUAUCCGUACAACCUUAUUGGCUAUACUACAAUCACUUGGUUCAUAGGUGGCCAACUAGUUUUUAUUAGAACACAUAUGAUAGGAGCAAAUUGAAUUAAGAAUCUAUUUAUCACCUGAGCAGUUAGUACUAUAUUUGGGAACAUCAGCAUCAGUGGAACUUUCAUUAGCAACACCAACAAUGUUAUCGAUUUAAGUCUUCAGUUUUUGUUUUGCCUUUAUUUUUCGGACAGUCUUUUCCAAUAUAACAUUCUUUUUGACAAAGAAAUCAUUUAAUCUUUCUAGAUCAACUUUUGGAUUUAGAUCGACCUCUGCUACUUAAGUCUUUCUUCGUUGAUCGUCCUCUUGGAACCAAAUCUUCAUCUGAGCUUCUACCUCUAUUUUCAGACACCAUUUUUUAACUCUUUUGAGUUCAAGGCCACCUUAACAUCCUCCAUGGAAAGAGUCUCUUAACCAUACAUGAUGGUAUUGAAAAAGUGCUUGUGCGUAAGUGGUAAAGAAUUAUGGCUUGAACUAAAUCAUCGAGUGUAAAAUCGAUAUUUUUCAGAUCUAUCAUGAUAUUAUUGAACUCCCCAAACUGGUCAUUGACAGGUGUACCUUCUUGCAUUUGGAGAGUGAAUAAUCGUUUGAUCAAAUACAAAAUUUUUUGUGAGAGACUUUGCCAAACUCUCCAAUUUUAGUCACAAACUUGUGGCCAUAGUUUUGCUAGCAACUUCUCGCAACACCCACAACUUCUUGUAGUUUUGUUAGCAACUUCCCGUUAAGGCUCAACGUGAUAGCAUUCUAAGCCUUUGCUGUCUUGCUUUUCAUCAUCUGGUAUUAUUGCGGGGAAGACAUCUUUUCCCUUUAUAACUUUCAACAAUCCUUGUUGAGCCAACAAAACACACAUCUUGAAACAUCAUAUGUUGAAGGCGCUUGUUUUGUCAAACUUUUCUACUUAGAACUUUGUGGCCAUGGUAAAAUCUCUAGGCAAAAUUCUGAGAGCAUUAGAUACCAGUUUGUUGUGACGGGUUCAAGAUUUGAGUAUCGAGAUAUACAAUAAAAUGACAAGAAAUAAGUAGGGUACACACACAAAGACAUAAGAGAUUUACUUGGUUUGGCAAAAAACCUUAUGUUCGUCCACGCAACGUAAUCUACUCUAUUGUGAGAGAAAUUGAGAAUAUUAGGAUAAGCUAGUCACUCAGAUUUAUAUCCUAAAACCCAAGUCCUUAAACCAUUGUACAAAUACACCCUUCUCAACUCACACUCUCAAACAAGUUUUCUCACUCAGGGAAUUUGUGUCAAGUCCUAAUGUAGAAACAAGAAACUUAAUAGCCUAUUUAUAGGCAGAUACAUUGUACCCGAAAUUAGAACUUCUUAAAUUUUGGUACACUAAUUGAGCCUCCAAAAUUAUGUGCACUUUUGGUGCCUUGACUUCAAGCAACCUAAUCCCACCUUACAAAUUGGCCAUUUGAUGACGAUGGCUUAGACGAUUUAGAGUUGUCUUGAAAACAACUCGGUCGAAUCUCCUGAGAUUCGUGGUUUCCACAGAACAUGAAACGACAUCAAAAAGAAAAGUGUCGAAUUAACUUGGCCAAAUCAUAUUGGUUGGACCAUGGUGCGAAAAGCAUUGGGGGCAUGGAGCUGGUUUAUUAUAGUGCAAAAUUACGGCCUUGAGGGGAUACAAGGAUGAAAAGUGAUUUCGAGGGCAAAUAUGGAAAAUAGGCCUUUACAUAUCUCACACAUCAUGCCCUAAGGGUGCAUGACAAUAGUGUUCAAAGUAUCAGUCGACUCGGCCAAGUUAUAACCGCCUGGCCCCAAUUGAACUAAUAACGAUACACGUUACACCAAAUCAACGAGUCCCACUAGAGUCGGCCUUGAAUCAGAGAUGACUCGGUAAAAUCGGUACAACUUGGGCUUUCCUCAGUUGACUCAGACCAACUCGUCACCAAGUCGGAUGAUUCAUGAUAAAAUUGCACAGACCACUAAAAUACAACAAAGUGCCAGCCAAAAAAAAAGGAGAUGGAAGAGAAAGAAAGUAAGAGAUAGGGUUGAUUCCCACAUGAAAUAUGCAUAAAACUAUGAGAAACCCAUAUUCAAAGCUGAAUCGGAGCAAUUUUUAGUCUCCCACGCAAUACCCAUAUGCUUUUUGGUAAGACAAGAAAGAAAUUGAAAACAAACCUGCAAAAUUAAGCAACUACCAACAAGUCUAGAUCUCCUUCUUCCUCCUUUUAUUCUUUUAUUCUUUUUUCUUCAUUUUCCUCGGUUUAUCAUGUCAUGACGAUGGAUCGCACACCGGUGUCAAAUUUCUGCUUGGACUUCGACUUCCAGUCUCGAAUCAUGAACUUACAAGGAGGUAUUAACGAUUGCCAAAGGUGUACUGGAGACUCUAAGCUUGUAGUAGUUGAUUGAUAGCUGAGCUUGCUCACCUUUUAAGAGAGGAGUAAGAAUGGAAGCACGCCCUGCUUUGUCAAUUCAAAAGUCAGGUGCAAGACAACGCAAUAACAUUGCAGCGUCAGGGCCUCUGUCUUCAUCUUUACCUGUUCUUCCCUCCACUCUGGGAGAAAAAUAUCCUAAGUUGCAAGACUCUCAACAGGUUCCCAUGGAGAGGGAAUUUUUGCCACCUCCUCUGGCUGUUCAUCCUCUGGCUGUUCAUCCUCCAUUGUCUUCCAAUAGUGGGACUGUUGGCCACAUAUUUUCUUCAUCCUCAGAAUUCUCCACCGAUCUUCAUUUUUCUUCUGCUUCCCCCCAUGAAAAGCAUUCAAGACAGGCUCCUUUCAUUUCCCAGUCGUCAAAGAGUGCGGGGUCCGCACCAUCAAUGCAUUCUUGUAACUCGGGACUUCUUCAAUCUACAGCAUCUAGUCACUAUACUAAAGAAAGCAAUGAUGAUUCCUGGUGUACAGGUUCACUGCCUGAUUUCCUUAAUUAUCCAUUGAACACAUCAGUCCAGAAUAGUCAAUUCGAAAGUAGCAAUAGUGGUGGUUGUAUCAUGCCAUCUGAGGAACUUGGCAAACGAAAUGAUUGGCAGGAAUGGGCAGACCAACUAAUCAAUGAUGAUAAUGAUGCAUUGACUUCUGAUUGGAAUGAGCUUCUUGUUGAUACUAGUGUUGUACAUCCAGAGCCAGAGAUGGCCUCUCAGGCUUUCAAACCGUCCACCAAUUUCUCAGUGCACCUGCCCUUAGUACGUCAGCAACUUCCUGCUGUUUCUGGAGAAACUGGUGUUGUUGUUCCCCCUUCCCCCUCAGCGAGUGGUGCUGCAACCAAACCACGCAUGCGUUGGACUCCAGAACUUCAUGAAGCCUUUGUGGAGUCAGUUAACAAGCUUGGUGGAAGUGAAAGAGCUACUCCCAAGGGAGUGCUGAAGCUAAUGAAAGUUCAGGGUUUGACAAUCUAUCAUGUAAAAAGUCACCUGCAGAAAUAUCGAACAGCUAGAUACAAACCAGAAUCAUUAGAAGGAUCUUCAGAGAAAAAAUUGACUCCUAUAGAAGAAUUAUCAUCUUUGGACUUGAAAGCGUAAGUAACUUGAUUGAUUUGACCACUUCCAUCAAUUGGUGGAGUUUAUAGUUUAUGUAUGUACUAUUAAUUGGUUACUUAUUCUCUAAUCUGAAUGAUUGUCAUAAAAGUAUUGUCACUUUCUGUGGUACAUAGGUGCCUUCCAGUGGUAGUUUAUCUUUUCAUUGACCAAUUUUUUACAUAGAAAGUUCCAUUCUUGACCCAAUAAUACUUGAAUUUUGACUGCCACUUCUAUUCCUCUGCUGAAUUUGAUCUAUUGUACAAUAAUUGAUCACAUUGGGAGGUUGAAUUCCUAAACUUGUGAAGAACCGACUUGGAAAAAGAGCCAAACAAUGCAUCCGUAAUGGCAUCAGCAGAUCACAUGGAUGAAAUGCUUAGAUCCAAGAAUUGAUAUCCCUAAACUUUCAUAUUCUAUGCUUAAGAAUUAAAAGAAAAAUUAUGUUGGCAAUCUCUGGCACUAAUGCUGAUCUUCUGGGAGACUGACAACAUUGAUAGGGGGAGAGAGAUGCUGAUGAUCAUUAUGACAGGGACUAGGAGUUCUCAUGGAAGGGGGGAUGACUGUGGCACAACCAUGGGAGACCUAGAAUGUUUGGGAGAGCUGCAUUAGGGGGGAACGUUAUCAUUGUUUGCAAAAACGAAGGGUCAUUCUGGUGUCUGAAUUCUUAACAAAAUGACAAUUGUUUAUGUUGUUUGCUGGUAAAA